CUCCGCAUCCACAUCCGCAUCCUCGUCCUCGGCCGCCUCCUGCAGCAGCUGCCGUUGGAGCCGCCUGUGAGCCAUUUCCACGUUUCUCCUGGUGGAGAGGGGCGAGGGGCCGGGCGCGGGCGCGGUGAGGACCACCACCCACCAUGGUGAAGCUGGGCUGCAGCUUCUCCGGGAAGCCAGGCAAAGACCCCGGGGACCAGGAUGGGGCUGGCCCGGACAGUGUGCCUCUGAUCAGCCCCCUGGACGUCAGCCAGCUCCAGCCACCGUUCCCGGACCAGGUGGUCAUCAAGACACAGACGGAAUACCAGCUGUCCUCCCCAGACCAGCAGAAGAAGUUCCCUGACCUGGAGGGCCAGAAGGGCAAUGGCAGCAACCCAGAGGAAGGGCGCAAGCUGCCCACGGCGCGGAUGAUCGCCUUCGCCAUGGCGCUCCUGGGCUGUGUCCUGAUCAUGUACAAGGCCAUCUGGUACGACCAGUACACCUGCCCGGACGGCUUCCUGCUUCGGGUGAGCAGGGGCGCGGGGGCUGGGCCCUCGGGGGGCAGCAGGGACCACCUGUCCUCGCCAGGCCACAAGGGGUCCUACAGGAGUCUCUCCAUGGAUGCUCCGUGGAGGGAGCACCUCCCACGCCCACCUGGGGGGAGCAAGGGCACUUCCUGCUCCUCUGGGCCCCCAAAGCUGCCCAUGUCCUGUUAUUUUUCCAGAAUAUGUUGAGAUCCAGUUAUUUCU